GCAGGAAAAGAGCCAAAAUUUCCCAAUAGAUUCUACUUUGUUGCAGAUUUUCAGUCACUGACAACAACUUUUAUGGCCAAAACAGAAGUGAGACUUUCUUUAUUGCAUUGCAUGUCUCCUUUCAAAAUACAAAUACAAAUACAAAAAACUUUCUUGGAGAAUCUCUCUCUCUCCAUCUCUUAUCUUUACAGAACACACUGGUUCUGUACUGUCAGUUUCAUGUGGACUAUCCUCUAAACUCAGGACCUCCAUCGACCACUCUCUUACUUCUAUCUAAACUCUCUUCUCUUUCUUUCUUUACCACAUUCUCUCCACACCCAUUUCCAUGCAAUGCUUUUUUUUUUUUCUUUCUCUCUUUUUCUUUACUUUGACACUACUCUUUACACUAACCCAAAAAAUGCCUCCCAUUUCAUUUUCCUUGUAGAUUAAUUUGAGUGUCUAUACAGAAAUGGGUUUACUAAAACUUUCAUGGCUAGUUUUGCUUUGUUGGGUUUUUUCUCCUCUGUUCUUUAGAGCUCUCUGUUAUGAUACAGAGAUAUCGGUGAAGUUCUUGAAGGCUCCCCAUGCAUUCUCUCAUUUAAAUACAGCCAAAUUUGUUUUUGAAGUUCUUGUGGGUGGGAAUGAGAAUUCUUGCCCAAACUGUAGCAUAAGUUGCAAGCUGGAUGAUGGCAAUGCAUCUGAUUGUGGAACUAGGGAGGUUUUAUAUACGGACUUGCAGGAUGGAAAUCAUACAUUUGAGGUCUGCAACAAUGGGUCUCAAGGAUUCGGCUGUGCUACAUAUAAAUGGACUGUUGAUACUGUCCCCCCAACAGCUUAUAUAACUGCAUCAACUUCUUUCACCAAUGCUCGAAAUGUUUCUGUAAAUAUUUCUUUUACUGAACCCUGCACUGGUGGAGGGGGUUUUGGAUGUUCAUCUGUGAACGAUUGCAAUCUGCUUGUAUAUGGUGCUGGCCAAGUAAUAUCAUCUUCACUGACAACUGUGGAACCAGACCUCAGAUAUUCUCUUCUGGUCGAUUUAUCACCUACUGUUCAGUAUGGAAGAGUGAUACUGGUAAUGGAUAGGAAUUUUUGUACAGACACUGCGGGAAACAGCUUUACAAGGGCAGCAAAUUCUAGUUUCUAUGUGCAUUUUGAUAGAAGAAGUGUGUUUGUUGACCAGAGGAUCCACAUUCCUGAAAAGCUACUUCAGCUUGACAACCAAACUAGAACAGUGCAGGCAACAAAUGAUUAUGAUAAGUUGAGGGUGUAUUUGUACUUUUCACAACCUGUUGUCAAUUCAUCAGCUCAAAUUCUAGAUUCUCUCAACAUCAGUGAGGGUGAACUUCUUCCUAUAAAUGGAGAAAAUCUUGGGAACCGCAGAUUUGGCUUUCAGGUGGCGAAUGUAUCUACAAUUGCUAUCAUCACAAUAGGCCUUAAUUCAAGCUCUAUAAUAAGCAGAUCCGGAACUUCCAUUUCUCCGAUUGCUCCAGUUACUUUCCUAUAUGAUUCUCAGAGGCCUGCUGUGGGACUGAGUACAAUGUCUACUUCAAGGACAAAGGAACACAGCAUCCCAGUGUCAAUAAAUUUCAUGAAGCCCGUAUUUGGCUUCAACUCUUCCUCUCUAUCAAUCUCAGGCGGCCAUUUGCAGAGCUUUCAUGAAAUAAGUAGGAGCAAAUAUAUCGCACAGAUACACGCCGAUGGUGAUAUUAUAUCUGUUAAUGUUCCUGAAAAUGUAACUGGAGAUGUUGCUGGAAACAACAAUCUACCAUCUAACAUUCUACAAGUGAGACACUAUUCUGUACCUACAAUAUCUUCCGUAAUUUCGGGUAUUGCAACUGCUGUAUUCCUGGCAGCAUGUUUGGCUUCUGGCCUGCUCACUGUCUCCACAGCAAGCCUUCAGUCUGUUGGAGCAUUUUCAAGAUCAACUUCUCUGCUGACUUCGGAUCCUACUAGGAUUCUUGUUAGAAUUGCAUGCUACAUUCAGGUUUUUGCACUUUCUAGAUGGUUGGCCGUUACACUGCCGGUUGAAUAUUAUGAGUUUGCAAGAGGUUUACAAUGGAGCAUUCCCUAUUUCAGUCUCCCGUGGGAGACUGGGGGAAUUCACCCUAUCAUGUUGGGCUCAAACUCCUCUACUGCUUCACAUUCCUAUAUUUCCUAUAUUCAUGAUUCAGAAGAAUCCCCGAGUGCGCAAUUGGAAGAAGUGCAUUCAGACAUUGCCAGUGCUGUAUAUGGACUGCCACUCACUCCAAUGGAGUACAGAUCAUUCUUUGAGAGCCAAAAUAUGAAGCCGGAAGCAGAAUAUAUUUAUGAUCCGCAGUAUUCAAAUGGGUGGAGGGUUUUUGAGAGAAGCAUGUUCUGGUUAGCUAUAGUUGGUGGCAGUUUCUUACUGCUACACGCUCUACUACUCUUUAUUCUCAAGUACAGGAAGAAAAGCUCUGAAAAACAGAGGGGGGCUUAUGGGGCAUUAAUACUUCCAAGAUUCGAGAUUUUCCUCAUAAUUCUCGCAUUGCCUUGUAUUUCUGAGGCCUCUGCUGCUCUUGUUAGAGGUGGAACUCCAUCAGGGACUGUUGUGGGCAUCCUGCUGCUGGGUGUUGUGGGUUUUUUGGUUUUGGCCUUGUUCAUGUUUCUCUCUGUUGGGAUCACAUUUGGGAAGCUACUUCAGUACAAGGAAGUCCAUCAAGAAGGCCAGAUAUUUCAUUGGUAUCAAGACAUCAUCAGAAUAUCUUUAGGUCCAGGUAAAAGAGGCCAGUGGACAUGGAAAAACCAAACUAAAUCUUUUUAUCUAACCAUGUUUGGUGCUUUGUUUGAAGACCUACGAGGUCCCCCUAAAUACAUGCUCUCACAGAUUUCUAGAGGUACUUCCAGCAAGCAAAGGGAUCAGAUCAUUGCAUCCGAUGAUGAAACAGAAGAUGCUGAAGCGCCAUGCAUUCAGAAACUGUUUGGAGUACUUAGAAUAUACUACACACUGCUUGAAACGGUCAAGCGAGUUUCUUUAGGCAUUGUUGCUGGUGCCUUCUUGAAUAACUGGUCCUGCAAGACUCCGUCGCUUAUCUUAUUGUGCAUCACCUCCUUUCAGCUCUUCUUCCUAGUUCUUAAGAAGCCUUUUAUUAAGAAAAAGGUCCAACUGGUUGAAAUCAUCGCUAUUUCCACACAAGUUGGUGUAUUUGCUGCUUGUUUUGUGCUCUUGGAGAAGGAUUUAACCACCAGGGAUGAAACUAUAGCUGGAAUUUUCCUGAUUGUGCUCUUCUUGAUUGGAUUCUUGGCACUAAUGGUCAAUGAAUGGUAUGCAUUGUAUAGGCAGACAAAGCGGCUGGACCCUACCGAGCAGUCUUUCUCGACAGGUUUAAAAACUGCAUCAAUAGGUUUUCUCUUGUUUUUCACUCCACAGAAAAUGAGCGGAAACCUGGUCUGCAGACUAUCACAGAAUCCGCAGCAAGAUAGAGAAACGGGAGGCGAGAGUGGUUCUUCUGCUGACAGAAAUAAAAGCUCAGGAAGCGGGACCUCGAGUACGCCUGACAAACCAUGGCAAAAACAGCUAAGAGAAAUGGCAAAGGCAAGCUUUUCUACAGAAAAUAGUGGAGCUCCAAUUGACCCUUCAACCAGCCGCACUAAAUGGAGUGGAUUCUGGGCAGCCAAAAGCAGUGGUGAGUCAUCAAAUAAUUCAUCCUCAGAUUUCAAGUUGAAACCAAGUCGGUUAUACAAAGAUUUAGAAGCCAUUUUUGCAUCCAAAUGAAACACUAUAUAUAUUGCUACCGAUUGUUCAACAGAUAUUGUAUAUGAAACCACUUAUUCAGAAUUUUCAGAUGAACCUUUAAAAGGGCAAUUGUGGCCGCUUUGUGGAUAGCCGGCCAUGAGAUUGGAUAACA